AUUUUUUUCUACUGCGAACUCGAAUAUGUACCACAGUACAGAGGUGGAGUAAAACACGUGAGUUCAUGAUCUCCAGUGAAUGAUCAUUGCCUGGUAUUUCACUGUCACUCUGAGACACAUCCAGUUCUGCAGGUGACCUGGAAUGACAGGAUCAGUGAUGAAGAUCAGUUGGUCUGAGUGUCUCUGUUUGAUCCUCCUGCUUCUCCAACAGACCACUGUCUCCACGUUGGAGAGCUUUGAGGUUCUUGGUCCAGCUGAUCCUGUAGUUGCUGUAGCUGGUGAAGAUGUUGUUCUGCCCUGUUACCUCAAACCCAACAUCAGUGCUGUGGACCUGAGUGUCGAGUGGUUCAGGGUUCAGACCAAAGACCCACUUGUACAUCUUUACCAGGAUCAUGAGGACAGAAAUGAGAAUCAGAUCCCAUCUUACAGGAGAAGGACAUCACUGUUCCCUGAGGAACUGAGGAACGGAAACACUUCAUUAAAAGUUAAAAAUUUGCGAGGAUCUGACAAUGGAGAGUAUAAAUGUCUUGUCCAGUCGGGGAAAUUUUAUGACGAUUCUUCCAUUGAAGUUCAUAUUAAAGCUGUAGGAACCCAACCAGUGAUCUCCAUCGAGGGAUAUAAAGAAGGAGGGAUCAGUCUGGUGUGUGAAUCUAAAGGCUGGUACCCUCAGCCUGAAGUGGUCUGGAUGGACAGUGAAGGACACAGUCUCCCUGCUGGACACACAGAGACACACACAGACAGUAUGGACCUCUUCAUCUUGAGACGACGUGUUAUUGUACAGGAGACAGAGAUCAACAGGUUCACCUGUCGAGUUCUACAAGAGGACUUAAAUGAAAUAAAAGAGACAAUGACUGAAAUCCCUGGUGAGAUGUUUCAUCGUGCCCAUCCCUGGAAGGUGACGUUUGCUGUCAUCUUCAGUCUGUCUGCUGUUGGUAUUAUUGGAUGCACAGUUUUGAUUCACCGUUUUGUAAAACUGCGGCAAAAGAGAGCUCAGAUCAAAGAACAGUAUGAACAGAUCACCAGUGAACUGAAACUUCUGAAGGCACAAAGAUACGCAGUUGAUGUGACUCUGAACCCUGAUACAGCACAUCCUAAACUCAUCCUGUCUGAGGACAGGAAACAAGUGAGACGUGGAGACACAUGGCAGGAUCUCCCUGACAACCCAGAGAGGUUUAAAUGCUGGAAAAGUGUCCUGGGAAAAGAGAGGUUUUCUUCAGGGAAAUGUUACUGGGAGGUGAAGGUUGGGGACAAGACUGACUGGACUUUAGGAGUGACCAUAGAGUCUAUAGACAGGAGGGAGUAUUUUCCACUGAAUCCUAGUGGUGGUCUCUGGGCUCUCAAACUGGAUAGUGGGAAUAAAUACGAGGCUCUCGCUGACCCCCCUGUGUCCCUCCCCCUGAGUGUGAAGCCCCGGAAGGUGGGGGUGUUUGUGGACUAUGAGGAGGGUCAGGUGUCCUUUUACAGUGUGGAGGACAAGUCUCAUAUCUACACUUUCACUGGAUAUAAAUUCACUGAGAAGCUCUAUCCAUUCUUCUGGCCAGGCUUCCGGAACUCAGCCCCACUCAUCAUAUCUCCUGUGAGUCACACAGACUGAAGAAACUGAAUUUAGCUUUAAUGUUCAGGUCAUGGUGUUAUAUUCUGAUUUAAUUCCCAUUCGGGGUUUGGAAUAUCUCCAUCGAAACAUGCCUUUUGUUCUGUACAUUGCGUUGCUUUUAAAUAAAUAUUGUUUAACAGCAGCUAUGUUUUAAAGUUCCAACAUGUGGAAAUAAAAGAGAAUCACGUCAUGCAAAAUUCAUUAAUUUCCAAAUAUGAACAUUAACAAGCCUGUUCAAUAUAUUUGCAUGUUGUAUCCGAAUCGACGAUUCCUGAUCACCUUACUAUUGUAUUGUCUUCCUUGAUCCUUUCUCAGUAGUCUU